CGCUCUACGAAUCAUUAUAUACGCCCAGCACUGCGAAUAUGUUACCUGGUAAAGGGCGGAAAAAAUCACCAAGCUCCACAUGACAGUAUUUCGGCAGAAUGGUCAAGAAAUCCGGCAACGGCGGUGUUUACCCGGGUCCUGCUGCGGAGAAAAAACUAAAAGUAGGCUUUGUCGGGAUAGAACCUGGGGCUACGGACUCAAACAGAGAUGCGGCGCUGCUCAUAGCAGGUGUGGACGCCAAGGCAACACCACGGGGCAGCAUCCUUAGCAAACCGAGAUCCAGCCUCUCCGGCAAACCCAAGCCUCCAAAGAGAACUGUAUUCUACAGAAGACUGCAGAAUUUUCUUUACAAUGUUUUGGAGAGACCAAGAGGAUGGGCAUUCAUUUACCACGCCUACGUUUUUCUGCUGGUCUUCUCCUGUUUGGUCCUCUCUGUGUUUUCCACCAUUAAGGAGUAUGAGAAGAGCUCUGAAGAUGCCUUGUACAUACUGGAAAUAGUCACCAUCGUAGUGUUUGGUGUGGAGUACAUCGUGAGGAUAUGGGCCGCCGGUUGCUGCUGCAGAUACAGAGGAUGGAGUGGCCGUCUGAAAUUUUCCCGCAAGCCCUUCUGUGUGAUCGACGUCAUGGUUCUGAUUGCGUCCAUCUCUGUGCUGGCGGCUGGAACCCAGGGGAAUGUCUUUGCUACUUCUGCCAUCAGGAGUUUGAGGUUCCUGCAGAUCUUGCGCAUGAUCCGGAUGGACCGCCGUGGAGGCACCUGGAAACUCCUGGGAUCUGUUGUUUACGCUCACAGCAAGGAGCUGAUCACAGCGUGGUACAUUGGCUUCCUCUGCCUCAUCCUUGCGUCCUUCCUGGUUUAUCUGGCCGAGAAAGAGGACAACGACCAGUUUGAGACCUACGCAGACGCGCUGUGGUGGGGCCUGAUCACCCUGACUACCAUUGGGUACGGAGACAAGUUUCCCAUAACGUGGAACGGGCGUCUUCUGGCCGCGACCUUCACCUUGAUUGGAGUGUCUUUCUUUGCACUCCCAGCAGGGAUCUUGGGCUCUGGCUUUGCCUUGAAGGUCCAGGAGCAACAUCGACAAAAACACUUUGAGAAGCGUCGGAAUCCUGCGGCAGGGCUUAUUCAGGCCGCGUGGCGCUUCUACGCCACCAAUCUCACCCGGCCAGACCUGGAGUCGACGUGGGAUUAUUACGAGCGCACCGUGUCCGUGCCGAUGUACAGGUAUUGA